GGUUUGACAGACAAGUUGAAAACAAAAACAUGUCAACAUUUUUACAGUGUUAUAACAUCAAUAUUUAAUAACAUAUCGUUAGAAUACAAAUCUAAUGGAUAAUUCUGCAGCAAAGGUUGGCCAAAUAUUUACGGAAGCAGGUGCUGCGUUUAAUAAGUUAGCAGAAAUGACUAUGUUACUGCAUCCAUUGGCAGAAUCAUCGCCCGGUCUAUGUGCUCAAACAAAAACACCAGUGAAGAGAAAAGCUACAGAAGAAAGAGUUCCAGCCAGCAAUGCAUCUGGGCAGGUACUAAAUAUGCUGAAAGCACAAGAUUCAGAAGACUCUAAAGUUUUAAAUAGGGAUAUUAAAGUGGAAUGUGAAUUAAAUGCUGAGGAAGGGGUACCGUAAAAUGUUAACUAUUAUUCAUCUAAUAAAAUAAUUGUAACAAGU